UCCCCCUCCCCUCCUCUCCACUCGCGCAUUGGCGCAGUCGCCAUGAGCCAUGGCUGACAUCGAGGACACCAUAGGGGCCAUUCUGGUCGGCGCCCUUAUUUCUGCCAUAUUGUCGGGCACGGUGGCCACCCAGGUCUUUCUCUAUCUCAAGCUCUAUGGCACCGAUGAUUACAAGCGAAACACCUUCAUUGUCUGCACCCUUUGGACCUUGGAUUCUUUACACCUUGCUAUGGUCUUCGCCUCCUGCUGGAUCUACCUCAUCCGCAAUUUCGGCAACACGACUAUCUGUGAUUACAUCCCAUGGACUAUUGCUCUUACCGUAGCUCUCACUGCUAUCGUCACGUUGAUUUCGCAUUGUUUCUUCGCGCACCGCAUUUAUAUGCUGAGCAAGCAAUCAUGGACGCUUACCGCUCCGAUAAUUUUACUCGCCGUCGGCCGAUUAGCGGCAGCACUCGUGUCAACAUCUGAGAUGAUUAAUUUGCGCAGCUACAGCGCAUUCGUCAGUCAAGUCGGAUGGGUUUUUACGACAGGCCUUUCACUGUCCACCAGCGUGGACGUGCUCAUCACGGUAAUAUUAAUCACACUUCUGCAACGCUCUCGCACGGGGUUCUCUACAUUAACGGACCGCCUAAUUGACGUCGUCACGGUCUAUACGCUAGAGACGGGACUGCUCACCUGUAUUACGACUGCUGUCUCUUUGAUCUGUUGGCUUACGAUGCCGCAAAACCUCAUCUUUCUCGCCCUGCAUUUCUCAAUACCCAAACUCUACGCUACCUCCACAUUAGCGACGUUGAACGCGCGAAAAUCGCUGAGGCGGCGCACAUACCCGCCCGAUCAACACAUCCUCCCCGUCAUCUCAUCCCUUCCGUCCCUGCCCAAAGCACAGAGCCAGACGCAGCGCGAUCUGGGAGAGGCUUCAGAUUCGCAGCUGAAGGCGACCAAUUCGACCAGCCCGGGAAGGACACGGGUACGUCGGACGUCAUGGAGAGCCCAUUCGCCGCUGGGCCGCGCGCUCACGUCGCUUUGUCCGCCGCAGACGGUGACGCCAUUGGAUGCUAAGCAUGUGACGGGAAAGGACGCCACGCCGACGCACGACAUCAUCGAUGAGUUGGGUUUUGCGGAGCUGGGGAUACGUGGUCCGAUACCAAUACCAGUGACAGUGUCGCUGCCAGUACCGGAACGGACGCGGACGCAUGCACGGACAUCUUCGUUACCGCUCCCAUUAACCUUGUGAGAGUGGCGUUGCGUUGCGAGAGCGGGUUACUGCAUGCGCGGGUCUAGUCGUGGGUAGUAGUCUUGCUUGUUAGUGUACAUAGUAGUGUACUUUUACGUCUCGUGCGUAUGGUGGACAUGGACUGAGUCGGGCCGCCUCUAGCCUACAACUUGCCAG